AUGGUCGUUUCUUAUCAUAACCCAUCCCAUUGGCACGCGCUUUCACCAGAGGCAAUACAAAGCAUGACCGGGAGCGAUAACCAAUUAACUGGACUGGCUCUAAGCAGCCUUCUUGGUCCGACACUCGGCUCCAGUCAGCCAAUUUCAGCAGAUGUUAGACACUUUGAGGAUGCUCUUCGUUCUUUGGCUAACCAAUGGAGAAUAGAUGAGGCUUCUCAGACCUUUGAUUCUCCAGCUGACUUUUCAACCACCGACUCAGUCUGGGACGCUCAGUUAGGACGUUUACUUGGGCCGUUAAUAAGUCAGAUGCAGGCCAAAAAAAAACGCGUUGGCCAGCUGGCCGAUGUGCCGAUAAGUUGGCCUAAUAUUGGCGAUAUCGGCGAGGAUGAUGACGCCCUAUGUAUGUCAGCGAUCCGGUCUCAUGUGCCUGAGGGGCACACGUUCAAGGCUUAUCCAUUACAGGUUGGCCUAGCAUUAUUGUAUCAACAACUUUGCUCUCCCAUCAUGCAUCCAAAAUGUAUUCUCCUCCAUGCACAUCCACGUCGCGCAUUCAGCACUGCUUUACGAUCUCAAUUUUUUCGAGAGAUACUCUCCUGUCGAGGCGAUCACAUCCGCUUGGCUUUGAAAGCCAAGAUUUAUGCUCUCGCUGAAUCUGCUGUCACUGUCUGGCUUGUAUUCGCCUGUACUUACCGCCAAUCUAUAUAA